UACUCACAUUAUUCAAGAUGGCGGAUCAGAGGGGUUCGGAGAGCCUCUUGAAUCAAGCAGAGAGUAUGUGGAAAAUGCUGGAUGAUAUGGCUGAGUCAGAUCCCGAAGCAUAUAAGAAGUUUAUCGACAAGACUUUGAAGGAUGGAGCUACCUCCUUCAAGCCACCGGAACCUUGUUUUUGCAUCAGUACUAUUUUGCUUCCGUCUGUGAUCACCCAUGAGCUGUUUGUGAACAUUUGUAGUUGGGAACAAAUGAUUGCUCCAAAGUCAGAAAACGACCCAAUUCCCGUGAUGGCCGGGGAGCUUCAGGAAAAAACAGAAGGAAAAUCGACAUAUUCUGUAGUUGAUGUUAUUGUUAAUCCAGUUGUCACUAAAGGUGUGUCGAACAGUAAAGAUCGCAAAAACCUUCUUGUGCAUGUCGCUUUGGAUUACAUCGAGAACACCAAAAAGAUACAAGUUUCAAGAAAAUAUAAAAACUCAAAAAAGCCUUUCAAAGGUGAUCCAAAGAAUUUGCGAAAAUAUUUACGGCAUGGAAGGGAACAAGGAAUCAAUCCAACGAAUCCUGAGCAACAGAAGCCUGGGGUUUCUGAGAACCCAGAAUCAUUAUUGAAACAACUUUCAUCAAUAGCAGUAUCUGACAGCCAGCCUGAUAGAAAUGCACCACUUGACUUGUUUGAGCGAUCAGCAGAAAAACCGAAAAAAUGCUUGAUUGAGGAAGUGUCAUCAACAAAUACAGCACCACAGCCAACAACACCAAAUUAUGAAGUUCUUGUGAAAGAUGCAGAGAAUUCCAAGCCAAAAAGGAUCAUUAUUAAAGUGGGCUUACCAAAUGUUGCAUCAUCUUCUCAGUGCCAACUGGAUGCUUGUGAGACUGAACUGUCACUGGAUGUUCCGGGAGUUUACAGACUCAAUGUUGAGCUGGCACAGAAAGUUGACCCUGAACAAACAACAGCCACUUUCAACACCAAUGCACACAAGUUGGUAGUGAAACUUCCAAUUCUAUCUUGAUGGCAACACACUGUUUUCAUUUGCCACUGGCAGCAAUUUCACAGAGUUUGCAUUUUUCAAUGAUAAAUCUGACAUGGGUGUUUUUUUUUUUUUUUCAAACCUGGAAAAAAGUUUGUGAAGAAAGUGUAUUUUCGCAUCCUCAGAAAUGAAUAAAGCUUGUCUGUCUUCAUGUAAAUUUGUUUUACAUGUACAUUCUUCAUGCAGGUACCAUUUAGAUUAAUUCCAGUGGUAAAUCAAACCACAACACAUGGCUUACUGAUGAUUGUGUUCCUGAAUCAUUCGAAACAUACAAGAUCCUUUGCAGGCGAUGACACUUACAGUACUCCUGAACGUAAAAUCCUGCUUGAAUCAAGCGUAAGACUUUGAGGCUAUCAAAACGUCAGUUCUUAGCAACAACAAUAUAAUCCUUUUCAAGGCAAGUCUCUUGGAAGAUCAAAGCAUAGACGAACUACUAAACACCGCUAAAAACUCUUAAUAUGUAGACUAGAACAGGCACUGUAUUUCACAAAGAUCAUGGCACAAGUAAAUCUCUUAAAAGGUUUCAAAACCAGGUCACAAAAUCAAACUGUGUUGGGAAACUGCUCAUAAAAUUUAGUAGCAAAGUAGAACCAGAAGCAUAUGCUUCUGGUAUAACAUGUUAAAUACCUGCUGUCAAAGAGUGUAAUAAUGAAAUAUGAAGAAUUGAGAUAAUUAAAGAAGUUGAGCAUACUCUGCCAACUUUGCUAACCCUUUAAUGGAACGAUCCUUGAAAUUUGGGUGGCCGGUUUAAGGCGAUGACACUCCAAACACUCACCGCCCCCCACCCCCGCUCCCAUCUUUCGUUUAUUUUUGCAUUUAUUUUAUGGCCGGCUCACUAUUUGCACCUGGAUGUUUUUAAUUUCGCGCUACGUAAAUAUUUACAUGAACGAUACUGUUGCAAUAACUAAGACCCUGAAAAAGUCAAACAGAACAAAGUCGUCUGCACGAUGCGGUUGAUCGCAGAUCGAAGCGCGUUCACGCACACUUUUUAAGUGUCCGGGCGAGAAACCGAGCUGUACAAAUAGUGAACAAUCUGUUUUGAAUCUGUUUUCAAUUUGUUUUGAUUUAUAUAAUGAAGUUGGAGCUCCCUUUGUAUGUAUCUAAAUCUGAACGGCCAUUCACCGCUCUCUCGGGGCAUGAACGCUGAGCAUGAGCUGACUGACAGAAUAUCUUCAAAGAGAGCUUCUGACUCUCCCCAUAUAAAAACCGCCAAAAUACCAGCAAUAACCUUCAAAGUUAUAUUGCUGCCGUCUUGUAUCAACAAAUCGUUCUCAACUCGAUCGAGACUGAACUUGGAACAUUGAGUGCCUCAUUAGAAACAUAGGCAC